CGUAAAGUGGUGGUGGCAGCACUUCUGCGCCCGGUCAUGUUGUGCAUGAAAACCUCACACCGGAGGCCACAUUUCCACGUUACGACAACACUGGUGCCAGCCAAGAGCUCAACUCUCCAACUUCCACUGCUGAACGACAAGCCGGGCCCGAGACCCCGAGUUAUCCAGUGCGAAGGCGCCGAGCGAACAGAAAGGAAUCAUGGAAGAAAAGAUGACAGUUUUGGUGACUGGAGGGUCGGGUAUGCUCGGCUACGCUCUCCAGAAAGUCAUCAAGGAGAAAAAACGACCCGGUGAAGAAUGGAUAUUUAUUGGCUCUAAAGAUGCUGAUUUGAGAGAGAUAGAUGAAACUCGCACCAUCUUUGAGAAGCACAUGCCAACUCAUGUCAUCCACUUGGCUGCUAUUGUCGGAGGGGUGUUUAAGAAUAUGAAGAACACCUGUGAUAUCUUGUUGACAAACCAAAAGAUUAACCUGAAUGUGUACCAGGUAUGUAAAGAAAUAAAGGUGAAGAAACUCAUCUCCUGCCUUUCCACCUGCGUUUACCCAGAUAAGAUCACUUAUCCAAUCACUGAAUCCAUGCUUCACGAUGGUCCUCCUCACCCGUCGAAUUUCGGCUACUCCUUCGCAAAACGGUCGAUUGAUGCCAUGAACAAAUGCUAUCGUUGGCAAUACGGAUGUCCUUUCGUAUCAGUCAUACCUACCAGCAUAUACGGACCUAAUGACAUUUUUUCCGUGGAGGAUGCCCAUGUCAUACCAGGGCUGAUUAAUAAGGUUCGCAUGUGCAAAAGAGCCAAUACUCCCUUAGUAGUUUGGGGAACAGGAAAACCUCUCCGGCAGUUCAUAUUUUCAUAUGAUUUGGCCCAGCUCGUGAUAUGGGCAAUUAGAGAAUAUGAUGAAGAAGAUAACAUCUUCUUGUCAGUUGAUGAAAAGGAUGAAAUUUCCAUACGGGAACUUGUCGAGGUAAUAGUGGAGGAAUACGGUUUUAAAGGUGAGGUUGUGUUUGACGACACGAAGACCGAUGGUCAGUACAAGAAGACAGUCAGUACGGCCAAACUUCGAAAGUACCUGCCAGAUUUCAAGUUUACUCCCAUAAGAGAAGGAAUCAGAGAGACAAUACGCUGGUUUGAAGAUAAUUAUGACAUUGCAAGAACUUAAACCGUUCGCCAAAUCCAAGAUUAGCCUGGUUCAGUACUGUCGUUAUUUUCUAUUAUUAUUCUUAUUAUUAUUUUUUUUAGCAUUGCCACGAUCCAAAUGUUGGCUCUGCAGAGUUUGGCUAUUGUUUGUCAGUAUUGUUCUCAAGAACUAAUUCACGUGUGAAUACCAUUGAAUCAUGGCUUUAAGUGUUUUAGGUUAUGUAAUGUACUGUUUGUCUGUGCUUAUCAGGGUAGACAUGACUUAAUUAGCACCUUUAUUUGGUGGUUUUCUUGGCUUGAAGUGUUACUCAGACAACUUCGAUUUAUUCUUUAGCUUUUGUUGACAAGCUGCCUAUUUAUCAUGGAAAAAUUGUUUUGCUGUAGUAAAGAAUUUAAUUUAUUGUAUAAGAUAUUGUAUAAGCUAAUCCUGAACCAUGAACAAUUCAUUAUUUCUUCAACUGCCUGAAAUGCACUGUUUCAAGAUUGUAUAUUAUUCGUUGUGAUCUCUCUGUCGGAAACAUGAUAUUAAGCAAA